AUGCCCAUUUCUUUCAAUUUCCCUGAAAAUCCACAGACCUUAUUAAAUUGGCUUGGCAACAAAUUCAUUCAUAUUCAUGGAAAGAGAAGAAAGAGAAAGUUAAAGAUAUUGAAGUAAGGAAGAAGAAGAAGAAGAUGAAGAAGAAAUGGGCAUCAAUCAGAGAAUAAAACAGACACAAAUUUCAUGUGUCACUGUUGUUGUUGUUAUAAUAAUAAUAUUAAGAUAGUUUUGUUUCUCUGAAGAACAAAGAAGAAGAAGAAGAAGAUCUUAGAUCGGAAUCUCCAAUAAACUCAUAUUCUUCUUCUUCUUCUUUACCUGUUGACGAUCUAACCACUUGAUGCAGUUACAAAAACACCAACUGCGUGUUGUGUUGUUUGUUCAGAAUCUUCUUCUUCUCUCUCUUGAGCUUCUUUCUUUGUAAUUUUUUAUAUUUUAUUUUGUCUCUGGCGAAUACUGCUUCUUCUCCUCCUCAUCCUCUGGGCCCUGCCGUGAAUUCUGGAGAAUCAACUGUUCAUUAAUCCAAUCCAAUCCAAAUCAAUGGAUGGAUGUUAGAUGAUGAUGCCGCUCUAAGCUAACAAACAAGAUUAUUAAUAAUCGAUUCUCAUAAUUCGAUCAGGAAUGGGAACGGAGAUUGAAGGUAAUAGUAAAGGGUAUGGUUAUUACUCGAUGAGGGAUGUUAAUAAUAAUAAUAAUAAUGAGCAAUCUAGUGGUAAUAACUGGCCAAUGCUUUGUGGUGACAAAUCUUUGCCCAGCAGUAAUGGAGAAUAUGUAGUCAAUGGAUUUUCACUAGUAGGGUUUGACAGGAAUACAUUGAGGCAGACAAUGCUUGAGCAUGAGGCUAUUUUCAAGAGGCAGCUGGUUGAACUUCAUUGUCUUUAUAAGAUACAGAGAGAUAUGAUGGAGGAAGCUAGAAGGAAAGAUAUUAUUCAUAAACACAGGACCACCAUGGGGAUGAUGAUGAUGAUCCCACAAGAGGCGUCGUCUUCUUCGAGCCCAUUUUCUGCUUGGAAUUCUCCUUUGAGUUGCAGUAAUAAAGGAGGUGGUUCGCUUGGUUCGAAAGAUUGUGAGAUUUUGGAUCAUCACAGGCCGUCCAAGGUUAGGAAAAGGUUGUUUGAUCUGCAGUUCAAUGGUAAUGAAGAAGAGGAGGAGGAAUGCUUGUAUGAUGUUUUGGAUUAUCCUUCGAAAGGCAGUGGAAAGGGAUUUGUUUUUCUUGCUGAUUUAAAUGAACCAACUCAGGCGGAGGAAACUGAAUCAAUUUCUUGCCAGAUUGAGGCCAAAUCGAAAUCUGAAUUUCUUCAUAGAUUGUCUAAGGAAACAUCGAGGAGGAGGAACGAAGAGGCUAUAAGAUCAUCGAAUGGAAGAGGAGGAGACUGGUCAAUGUAUAAUUCGGAUGCAGAACAUUACAGAAACCAUCUGAAUUCAUCAUCGUCUUCUCGAGAUGCAAUCCAAACAUUGGGAUUUCUUCAAUCUGAACAAAGGAGAGAACUCCAUGGCAGAAAGCAUAAUCCAUUCAACCAUAAGAUAGAUUGGUCUCAAUCUUGGGGAAACUCCAAUCAGACUUCACUUCAUACAAAUUCAUCUUUAUAUUCGUCGCGACAGUUGACGACUACCCACGAGACUCUCGGAGACAAGUGGCGCGUUCAGGGUCCCAUUUCCAAUUUAUGUUUUACAAACCCUUUAGCUAAUAAUAAUAAUAAUGGGUUUUAUCGAGGAUCUUCAUCGGGUUACAAGGAUGCACUAGCCUAUGUAAGCCCAAAUGAAGAUGGGGGAAGGAAACAGGAUGACCAUCCACGUUUGCCAUCUUGGCUUAAACCAAAGAAUCCAAAUUCUGCAGAAACGAGCUUCCAGCAAUCCCUUCCUGCUCCUGCUCCUCCUCUGAGAAAGAUAGUCGGUUUUACAUCAAAGGAGGAGUCGUCUUCUCUUGCAUCUACUUCUGCAUCUCUUCAGCCAACUCGCGAAUUAAUCGAUAUUAAUGUGGCUUAUUAUGAUCCGGAGCCUGAAGAACAAGAAAACAAAAAGGUGAGAACCCAUAUCGACCUUAACUCAUGCAUAACCGAAGAAGAAGAAGAAGAGGUGGCGAUUGAACCCGUGAAAAGCAACCUUCUUGUACUACCAAAAGUUUCAAUGGAGAUUGAUCUGGAAGCGCCGCCACUACUACUGCCAGAGGAAGAGGAGGAAGAAGAGAAUGUGAGGAGUGCUGCGGAAGCGAUAGUCUUGAUUUCAGUUUCAGGUGAUUGUGGUGAGAAUGAUGAGAACAACUCAAUGGAGGAUCCACUAGGAUGGUUUGCGGAGAUUGUUGUGCCUUGUUCAACGUGUGAAGAAACAAUGGAUUAUUUUGAGGCUGUAACUUUGAGCCUGCCGGAGAUGAAGGCAGAAGAGUAUAUGCCGAAGGAGCUUAUUAUGAUUGGGAAUAAUUCCGACGAAGAAGAAGGGGGAGGAAAUGUGGUGAACAACAACAACAACAACAAGCGGAGUAGAAGAAGUAGACGAGGAAAGCAGAGGAGGGACUUUCAAAGGGAUAUACUCCCUGGUUUGGUUUCCUUAUCGAGACACGAAGUGAGCCAGGAUAUUCAAACGUUUUCGGGGUUGAUGAAAGCUACUGGCCACACUUGGGUGUCUCCAAGAAGGGGUGGCGGCGGCGGUGGCAGAGGGAGACGACGACGGUCGGUAGUUGAACUGCCCCCCACAGCUCCGGCAGAGGAAGAAGAAGAAGAAGGUGGUCAUCAAUCUUUGCAGGCAAGCGAAGGGAGAAGCCUGACUGUGUGGGGGAAGACUCUUAGGCGGCCCCGUAGGCAAAGACGAUUAGACUCUUCUUCUUCUACUUCUAAUCUCAAUCCAAUAACUACUACUAUUAUUAGUAUUAACUAAUUAAUACUAUCAUUUCAUCUUUCAUUCUUGAACAAACAAAUUGAGGACACCCCUACUAUUUCUUCUUGUAAAUGCUUCUUUCUUUAUUCUCUUAUCAACUCCAUCUUACUGUCUUUUUUGCAUUCA